AUGCAAGUCACCCAGCUCUUCUUCGCCGUCGCCUCUGCGUUCCUCUUCGUCUCAGGCGUCAGCGCCAUUGCUAAGGACCCCUGGGCCGCUUGCAACGGCGGAAACCAGUACGUCGCUGGCGACUCGUGCAAAUACUACCUCGACGGCGACUCAAACGGACCCAUCAUCUCGGGCACUUGCAAGGCCACCAACGCUGGAUUGCAAUGCCAGUAG